ACGCGGCAGCGACUUCGUAUUUCGAAGAGACUCCACUCCUUACACGGCUUGGUCAUUCACUGGCUUUUUAACCGCAGUCAAGAGUUUCUGGUCGACCUCUUCUCUAAGCGACGACUUAGUGUCGACAUUGAAGAAACGCUAUACAACGUAUCUCAAAGACAUAUCCGGAAACAAAAAGGAAGUCAAGGAGAAGCGACGCAUGGCGGAUUUCCUCAUAAAACAGGGUGGUGUCGUCCCGCGCAUGCCUUCUGCUGCCACACAGCCAGGGAGGGUGUCGUUCCUUCCCGUGAAAACGGAUCCUGCCAUUAAAGAAAUUUUGGAAUCGAUCAUUCUCGACGAGAAACUUGCUUUAAAAGAGGUUUCCUCAAAGCGCAAGAGCGAAAUCG